ACCUAGCGAUAUGGUACCAGAUGAGGCCUUGCCAAAUCAAAUUGUGUAUUCUGUCAGAUUCCAUGCUCGCACAUCCUACGUCAUAACUUGCUUGUCGGCCUUGUUCAUCUUCUUAUACAAGAUGUCGCAACUAUGCUGGGCAUCGUCUUCGGCAGUUGUAGUAGCAACGCGUCACGGCGAUAUUACGGUGAGACGGAUUUUUAUUAUAACAAUGCGCUGCGUAGCAAUAUGCAGCCACAGUUCAUUCCCAUUACAUUCUUUCUCGAGAACUUGACAUGUUGUUCACCAAGCCCCACGUUGUUGCGUGGGCAGUCGCUCUUUCUGCAUCAGGCGCCCUCGCGCAUCCCUACUUCGCCGGAAAAGUCAUCUCCAACUCCAAGGAUCUCCUCACGACAUACGAUUAUGUGAUUGUAGGAGGUGGGACAUCGGGCCUUACGGUCGCAAAUCGACUUUCCGAAAACCAAGCUAUCACUAUUCUUGUCAUUGAAGCCGGAGCGUUUGAUGCCAACGAAGACGUCUUCACCAUUCCUGGUCUCGCAGGUGGUGCCAUCGGAACAAAAUAUGACUGGAACAGAACUUAUGCACCGAACGAAGCGUUGGGUGGCCGCGAAGUGACGAUCAAUCUGGGCAAGAUCGUGGGUGGAUCAUCGAAGUUGAACAGAAUGGUCUUUGAUCGCGGAUCCAAAUCAGACUAUGAUGGCUGGGAGACGCUCGGAAACAAGGGAUGGGGUUGGGCUGGUCUGCUGCCAUACUUCAAGAAGAGCGAGAAAUGGACACCAGCAACAAAGGAAAUCCUGGCCGAAUACGACAUAAAGACAAAUCUCCAAUUCCAUGGCGACAAGGGUUAUGUACACUCUACGUACUCUCGCUUCUUUUGGCCACUGACCAAAAACAUUGUGAGAGCGACAAAAGCACUGGGAAUCGCUAUCAAUGACCAAGCUACUGGAAAUGCCUUUGGUGGCUAUUAUUGCCCACAUAACAUCAGUCCCAAUGUUACGCGCUCUUCUGCUAAGGAAGCAUACUAUGACUCUGCGGUCGGACGAAAGAACUAUCACCUCAUCACUGGCCAACAAGUCACGCGGAUCGUGACCAACACAACAAACGGAAAUGUCAAAGUCACUGGUAUUGAGUAUGCCUCUUCUGCAGGCGCCGAACGCCGCACUAUCAAAGUCAAGAAAGAAGCUAUCCUAGCUGCUGGAUCAAUCCACACACCCCAGAUCCUGCAAGUCUCUGGCAUCGGCGAUCCCGCGCUGCUUGCUAGCAUCAAUGUCCCAACCGUUGUAGAUCUACCCGCGGUAGGACAGAACUUCCACGACCACGUCUUACUCACGGUUGUCAACACCAUCACGACCAAUCUCUCCGUCUCCAGCCUCCUCACCUCCAACGAAACCUUCGCCGCCCAAGCUAAAGCCCAAUACGACGCGUCGAAACAAGGACCCCUAACAUCGCCAACAGCAGACUUCCUCCUCUUCCUCCCCCUUACCACAUACUCCAACCAAUCCGCCGCUAUCCACUCCCUCGCCACCGCAGGGAACGCUUCUGCCUCGCUGCCCGCCUCCACCCCUGCAGAAGUCGCAAAAGGAUACCAAGCGCAAUACGACCUACUGACGGCAAAACUCCUCGCCAACAACGCCGGCGCCCUAGAAGUCAUCUGGUCAGACGGCGUCAUGGUGCUCGGUCUGCAGCACCCCUUCUCGCGCGGCAGCGUCAAAGCCGCAUCAGCUAGCAUCUUCGACGCGCCCAUCGCCGACUCUGGAUUCCUGCGAAACCCGCUUGAUGUGGCUCUUCUGCGCGAAGGUGUGCGCUUCGCGAGGAAACUCGCGGCUGCAGAUGGUAUUGCAGAACUCGCGCCUGUGGAGGUUUUGCCGGGGGCGAAUGUUACGAGCGAUGCUGAUCUUGACUCGUUUGUGAGGGGCACUUCGGGAACGUUGUAUCAUCCGGCUGGGUCGUGUAAGAUGGGGAGUCGAGCGGAGGGAGGCGUAGUGGACGCGCAGCUGAAGGUGUACGGUGUACAGGGGCUGAGGGUCGUGGACGCCAGCGUAUUUCCUGUGCUGCCUGCUACGCAUAUCAUGACGACUGUUUAUAGUGUUGCGGAGAAGGCUGCGGAGCUUAUUCGUGGGUCUAAGUAGAAGUUUUGUUAUUUAGUAUGCUGGUUUUACUUUUUUGAGAUGUCAGUCGCAGGAUAUUCGGUCAGAUUUUGGCUGCCGUUCAUUCUGAGUUUUGU